GUUGAUGUCAUUUUGAAUUUUAUUUCUUUCAGUUCAAAAAGGAAAAGUAGUUUUUUAGUUAUAUUUAUUUUCAGUCUGCUUCUGUGCAAAGGCCCCUUUUUGAUUUAAUCUAAGGUUAAGUCGGAAUAAUGGGCUGUUUUAUAACUUCCCACGAAAACCUGGCAAAAGUAAAAUUAAGGUGCCUUUAAACAUAGCUAUUAACGAACUAACGACAUCUAAUAAAUAAAAAAUGGCAUACUUCGCUUUACUUUGGAAAGCUAGGACUAUAGAAAAAUACAGAUUGAACUACGAAUCGGAGAAAAUCAAUUCUAUAAUGAUGUCCAAGAACCCUAUGCCGAAGCAAUCUUUGAGUCAGAGAUGGCGACACUAUCGCUACGACACCCAGAAAAGGAUCUCCAGGAAUUUUAGAAGAUGGUAUCCGGAGGGGUCCUCAAUGUCCAAUUUUCUCCUGUACCUGAGAACUGACCAAACAUUUCCAAACUUUGUUUUGAAGAGCAUAUUGGGCUUUGUCGGUGGCAUUAUACUUACGUACCUUUGCUUUAUGUUCUUUGUAUUCCAACUCUCCAUAUCGCUGAUGCACGCUACCAUAAUGAGUUCAGUCAUCGGAGUACUGCUAACGUUAGGAUUAGCUUUUAGCUAUAGGAUAAGAUGCCUAGUCUUCCUGCUGGUUCCCCAAUUCUUUUCCCGUGUUGGGAGAUACACGUUAACAUGCUAUGCUUUAGUCCUCAUCCUGACUGGUCCGGCAACUAACACACUCAAAAACUCCGAAGUACUGUCAGAGUCAUUGGCUUGCGGACAAGAACAAAUUAAAACGAGCGUCGGUCAUAUAAAAACACUUAUGGAUAGACCGUUAAACAGUCUAAAGGAUUCUGUCAAAGUAAUGGUGGAGAAAUUGAGAGCAAUCGCAGUCAAAAUGAAGGCGAUAAUACUGAAAGUCAACAGGCUAAUAUUGAGUCUUACCCAAGUUAUAAAUACUGGUUACUUUCGGCUGAAUUCCCUCACGAAUGUCUGCAAUGAGAGACUCGGUACUCCGUACCGUAGAUGCAUACACUCAUUCCAAGAUGGCAUCGAAGCCUGCAAAUCCACCUUUGGUUCAAACGAGUCCUCCUUUUGCAAUACAGGAAAAGUAGUCAAAAACAUCUGCACCAAAUAUAAGCACAAUUUAGUCUUCGUGUUUUUCGAACAUCUGAGUGGGAAUAUUGUUCCGAUUGUCAAAAGGAGACUCAAGAACUUCAGUGAACGUAUCAAGCACAUGUUUUACCUGGAAGUUCAUGUACACCACUCGUACUCAUUUAGUAGUAACACCAGUCGCACCGCGUGCCAAGUGGCAGCUGGUAUUGUCACCGAAAUCAGGAAGAGGGCCGACCCAUUGCUCACUUGGUUGUCUUGGAGCUCCUACGUCACUAGCCUCUUUCUACUGCUGAUUAUAUUCCGGGCCAAAAGCUAUCAGCACAUGUUUGAGACUCGGUCACGUUUUGAUAAUCGAUACAUCACCAAGGAUAUCCGUAUUUUGGAUUUAAAGAGACAAAGAGAAAGAAGAGAAGCAAUUCUACCGCUGAACAGGAGAGAACAAGCAAAAUAUGUCACUACGACAUCUUUUCGCCUAGUAGCUUCAGAAAAGGCGUACUUGAGUAGGUCUGUAGUAUUUAUGACGAUAACCACAUUCAAGCUUAUGAUUCACAUGAUUGCAGACUACAGUUUGUAUUGGGUGUUGAUGACUAUACGGCACCACGGAAGAUUUCAAACUCCUCCACAACCUGGCGCGGGAGAUACCGGUAUCCAUAUAUCAGGGUCAGGUUUAACAGCAGAUCUUCUGAAGUCAAUUGUGGCUGGCUUAAGUGUUCUGCUGGAGUCUCCUAUACUGUCACCAUUGUCGUGUUUACCAAAUCCUUCUCCACCUGACCUAAAGCGUUACACGCAAAUCGGCGUACUAAUACUACUUUUGUGGUUUUUCUCAAUGUUCGAGCCAUACGGCCUUCGACUACGCCAUGUUGUGAUGGGGCAUUACCAACCCGACAGAGCCAAGACUCGCGCUGUGUGGCUGUACAAUCACAUUAUUAGGGCUCGAGCUGGAUUCAUGAAAUUGGCUAGAAGAAAACUUCACCGGACUUAUAAAUAUAGAUGUGAAGAGCUCACAUUUGCACAAUGGUUACAACAUCACAUACCAUUUUGUUGGCUCCGAUCAUUAUUGGGAAUUAAUGACGAAAGGCCUCAUUGCUUACUGUGCGGAACUGUGUAUGACGAAAGUAGACCAGAUACGCAACUUAUAAGGUGUAAAAGCGCGAAUUGUCCUGGUGCCUUCUGCGACAGUUGUUUUGCAGACAUCGGUGAACUUUGCACUAUUUGCUUAGCACCAGAAGAUUAUGGAGAUCUUAGUGAUGUCAGCAUAGAAAAAGGUUCCUCCGAAGACAGUGAUGAAAGUGAUGAUGAUUCAGGUUUUAGUAAAAUAAGCGCUAUAUGCAAGCUCAAUAUUAGCAAAAUCAGUAGAUCGUCUACCAAACUUUGUGAAAGAUAUAAGAGUAGUAUAUUUUCACGAAACAAAUCAGAGCAACAGGCACUUAUUCCUCUUAUUUCAAAAAGAAAUGAUAAAAUAGACUUUUCUAAUAACUACACGGAUAAAUGUGCACUAGAGUCUCCAAGGAAAGACAUUAAAAAGUCAAUAAGACUUAGAAGAAGGUAUAUAUCUACAGAUGCUUGUGUAUAUCAUUAUGAUAAAAAAGAACAAUUACUAUGUCAAUUUAAUGACGUAGAUUACGAGACAUUCAAUUUUGAUAUAUGUAUUAUAUUUGAUAAAUUAUGUAUAGCUUAUAACGAUUUCAUAUUGACUGAGGUAAAAGCUUAUUACGAUCAAGUAUAUCUAAAUCAUAAAGCCAUUAAGUAUCGAUGUUAUAAAACCAAUAAACUGAAGUGCAAUGUUAAAAACUUUAAAAAUAAAAAGAAAUUCUCAGCAAGAAAAUCUCCAAAAGACGUAACUACAUUGAAAGAUUCGAAAUGUAGAGUAAUGCCAACAGACGGAACUAAAAGUGUCUCACAAUGCAGCUUUUACAGAAUUAUAUUAGCUCCAAAUUCAAUAAAAAUCCAAAAGAUUAUUAAAAAUACCAAAUUACUAACAGAUAUGGCACAAUACUUUAAAACCAAUAUCAAAUGUAAAAUGAAAAGAAAAAGAAAGAAAUCUAAAGUUUCAAGAGGAAUGAAAUGCUUAAGGCGGACAUAUCAAUCAAAAUUUUUGAAACCUAUUGUUCUUUCAAAUGAUGUUGUAACAUUCUCUUCCUAUUCUAACCACGGUCAAAAAUCUGCUUUUAACUCGUACUAUAGUGAGAAAAGUAAUGACUCGAAAGUUUACAAAAAAGAUAAAUAUUUUAGAAAAUAUACUCAAGUUUACUCGGGAUCCUGCAAUGGAUUGCAAAAACUCCGAUCGCUAGUCACUAAUUAUUGGAAAAAUAUUGUAGCAAAUGGAAGUUCCGAAAUUCAAGUCACAAUUAGUAAUACAAAAAGUGAUACUUUUGUAUCUAAAGAAAGUAAGAAUUACAAACGAAGAAAAAAGAAAGAAUCUAACCAGAAGACUUGUUGUACAUCGGAUGACGUAGGAUUGAGGAGCGACGGAGUAGGAAAUGAAGAAACCAGGAAAUAUAGAAUAUCAGCUUUUAUAUCUGAUCAAGAAUGGAUAAAGAGACAAUGGAAAAAAAGAACGAACACUCAUACUAAUUUUAACUCAGAAUUAGAUGUAGCAUGUAAUUAUAUUAACGAGGCUUUACCGGAUAAUAAAAGUAUUUCUAUCAAAAACAAGGUGAACGGAAGAAAAAGUCACCCUUUGCAUUGUGAUAAUAAUUUAUUAAAAGGAGAUACUAAAUAUAUAUUGCAGAAUCAGGGUGUUACAGUCACUGAAACACAUUUCACAGUGAAGGAUGUCUGCAAGAAGUAUGGUUGUGAUCUAAUAACUGUAACUUCAUCUAACACCUCAAUGGAAAAAAUCUUGAAAGCAGUGCGUCAAGUAUUUGAAAAAGGACAGCAUGAAGAUACUACAGCUAAAUGUACACCUUUUAACAAAUAUAAAGAAUUCUACGAAUCAGUCACGAAUAUUGGAGCAAUGUGCAAAGGUGGAUGUUGGGAGGAUGCUGUUGAAGUCGAAAACGAAGAAUCGGAGGAGUGCCCUUCAGAAUGUGGUUCUGAAGAAACAUGUGACCCGUAUAUAAUUUUUUCCGAUGGAUCUUGUACAAAAAGCUGUCUUCUUAAAAAACCGUCGGCUAAUAUCAAGUUUUCAUUGAAAAAUUUUGGCAGCGACUUAUCCGACCGCCUUAAGAACGGGGUGAAAAGUUCCUUGACAUUCCUAAAAAAUUUACGCAACUCCAUUAAGAAAUCGAAUUGUUGGACCAGACGACAAAAAACUAAUAAAAAAAAAAACUGUGAUAAAUGUUGCAACCCACAACAGAUUACAGGAAACGACCUAGCAGAUAUAUCGAUUCAAUCGAAUCAUAAAAAAGAAGAAGAAGAAAAACAAGAAACAGGUGCUGUGUGUUGCUGCAGUUAUGAAAAGUUAAAUUCCAGUUCGGACGUGGAUGCGGAUGUUAAUGAAGGCGAUAUAAGAGUUGAGAAACGCUCCAAAACAAGUGUCGCCAUUCAAAAAAUCAGCUCUAAGGCCGAUAUGCAUUCUAAAGCUACUGGUGAGUUGAAUAUUUUGAUUGCAAAUAUAAUUGCUAAUAAACUUAAGGCUUGUGUGAUAGUAAGCAGGAAACCUACCCAGCGUAAAACUCUAACCCCAUUACAUGCCCCCUUAUUAAUUAAUGAAGACUAAGCUUGAAUUACUUACUCUAUGUUUUUUCUGUUCAUUGAAUGACAAUUGGCACUAGAGUGAUAUGAACAAACCACAGCGUAACUAGUCCAAGCUUACUUCUCGUUUAUGAAUAAGGGGGUAAAAUUCAAGCAGGCCUUCUGGGUCGGCUUUAUCGCCGAGCAACUCGAAUUGUCGACGACCAGGAUCUUUCCGAUAGGCAUGAUCCUUUGGUUUUGCGUAGAUAUGUAGGUUCACUCUGCAUCUUCUAUCCCAUUUAUCACGGGGAGUGUUCUGAGGAGCUUCACUCUGCAUCUUCUAUCCCAUUUUUAUCACGGGGAGUGUUCUGAGGAGCUUCACUCUGCAUCUUCUAUCCCUUUUAUUACGGGGAGUGUUCUGAGGAGCUUCACUCUGCAUCUUCUAUCCCAUUUAGCACGGGGAAUGUUCUGAGGAGCUUCACUCUGCAUAUUCUAUCCCAUUUUUCACGGGGAGUGUUUUUCUUCCCCACUAUCUUGAUGCGCGGCUAUCCACGACCUUGCCAUUUUGUCGAUUUUUUUUACCACGUACGGCAAAACUGUGGAAUACAUUGUCACAAGCAGUGUUUCCGGACCAAUGCGACUUGAAAACCUUCACAAACAGAGCGUACUUCAUCUUAAAGGCCGGCAUCGCAUUUGUGAUACUCCUGGUAUUAAGGUCUAUGGGUGACGGUGAUCACUUACUGAUGGUAACCAUCAGGUGGUCAUCUCGUAUUACAGCUCCUCUAUAAUAUUAAAAAUAGGCAGGCGCUCGGCAGAAACCUCAUCUCACUCAUCA